AUGCUCGGGGGGAUUCUGGAUGCUCCUCCUCAGUUGCUGAAAGGAGGGAGAGAGUCCCGGAAGCUGGUGCUGGUGGUGGUGUUUGUUGCUCUGCUCCUGGACAACAUGCUGUUCACUGUGGUGGUGCCCAUUGUGCCCACCUUCCUGUAUAUGACAGAGUUCAAAGAAGCCAUCUCUUCAUUGCACAGCAACCUCUCUGUGAGCUCCCAGCAUGCCACCACCUCUCCUGCCUUCUCCACAAUCUUCUCCUUCUUUGACAAUACCACUAUGACUGUGGAAGAAAGUGUACCCAUCAGUGUAGCAUGGGCAAACGGCACCAUCCCUCCUCCAGUCACUGAAGCUGAUUCAGUACAUAGAAACAACUGCCUGCAAGGGACAAAGUUCUUAGAGGAAGAGAACAUCCGGGUUGGGGUUCUAUUUGCUUCAAAGGCGUUGAUGCAACUUUUGGUCAACCCAUUUGUAGGACCUCUCACCAACAGGAUUGGAUAUCACAUUCCCAUGUUUGCUGGUUUUGUGAUCAUGUUUCUCUCUACAGUUAUGUUUGCUUUCUCCGGCACCUAUGCCCUGCUGUUUGUGGCCCGGACCCUUCAAGGCAUUGGAUCUUCAUUUUCAUCUGUUGCAGGCCUUGGGAUGCUGGCCAGUGUCUAUACUGAUAACUACGAGAGAGGGAGAGCCAUGGGGAUUGCCUUGGGAGGCCUGGCUUUGGGACUUCUGGUGGGAGCUCCUUUUGGAAGCGUGAUGUAUGAGUUUGUGGGCAAAUCCUCUCCGUUCCUCAUCCUGGCUUUUCUGGCACUUCUGGAUGGAGCUCUCCAGCUUUGCAUCCUACAGCCUUCCAAAGUGUCUCCUGAGAGUGCCAAGGGGACUCCACUCCUGACGCUUCUCAAAGACCCUUACAUCUUGGUGGCUGCAGGUUCCAUCUGUCUGGCCAACAUGGGAGUGGCCAUAUUGGAGCCCACACUGCCCAUCUGGAUGAUGCAGACCAUGUGUGCUCCUGAAUGGCAGCUAGGCCUGGCUUUCUUGCCUGCCAGUGUGGCCUACCUCAUUGGCACCAACCUUUUUGGUGUGUUGGCCAACAAGAUGGGUCGGUGGCUGUGCUCCCUGGUUGGCAUGGUAGUGGUAGGUGCCAGCUUGCUCUGUGUGCCUCUGGCUCACAGUAUUUUUGGUCUAAUUGGCCCCAACGCAGGCCUUGGCUUUGCCAUAGGCAUGGUGGAUUCCUCUCUGAUGCCCAUCAUGGGACACCUGGUGGACUUGCGCCAUACCUCUGUGUAUGGGAGUGUCUACGCCAUCGCUGAUGUGGCUUUUUGCAUGGGCUUUGCUAUUGGCCCAUCCACUGGGGGUGCUGUUGUGAGGGUCAUUGGCUUCCCUUGGCUCAUGGUCAUCAUUGGGGUCAUCAACAUCCUCUAUGCUCCUCUCUGCUACUUCCUUCGGAAUCCCCCAGCUAAGGAGGAGAAGCUUGCUAUUCUGAGCCAGGACUGUCCGAUGGAGACCUGGAUGUACGCAGACCAGAAGCCCACAAAGGAGCUUCCCCUGGGGGAGAACAGUGAUGAGGAACCUGACAGUGAGGAGUAGCUGACGAGGAGCCC